CGAUGGCGAAAUUCCUGCCUUUUAUUCGAGGAACAGGGUUGGAUGGAAAGUUAUCUCGAUAAAACUAGCAGCCAGGCUGGCAUUAUCGAUUUUGUAGCUUCUAUAAUUGCUUGCUACGUCCUUUGAUCUGUUUAAUCCUGCAGUCGCGACAAGGCAUCGCGCUUUACACGAGGAGAGAAAACACAUCACACUGCUAACUAGCCCUAGGUAGCUUACGCUAGCAUGUCACAUUCUGCCUUUUCUUGUGUUUAUCCAGGUAGCUAGCGAGUUAUCAGUCUCAGGUAGCAGGUCGUCGUAGCGUGUUGACAUUAGACAUUCCGGGGAAAGCUGCAUUGGGAACAUCGCUGCUGUGCCAGGUGACUAACAGUACCUCUUCAGUGGUGUGAAUGAGGGAGACAUGGCAGACCGCACGCCACCUCUGGAGUCUGGCCAACUUCUCAACCCUGACCUCCCAAUUCUGGCCUCACCACCACCCCCAGCCAUGGUCAAUGGGGAGGGUCCCCAGCAGGUAAUCCUGGUGCAGGUAAACCCAGGUGAGGCCUUCACUAUUCGACGAGAGGAUGGUCAGUUUCAAUGUAUCCCAGGUCCUGCUCAGGUUCCCAUGAUGUCUCCAAAUGGUUCAGUGCCUCCAAUCUAUGUGCCUCCUGGAUACGUUUCACAGAUCAUAGAAGAGAACGGAGUGCGGCGGGUUCUGGUUUUACCUCAGCAGCCAGAUUUCCACCCAGGGGGACAUUCCCCUCUCCACCAUCCUCCCCCUCCACCCCAUGCGCACCUGCCUGCCUUCAUCCCACACCCUGCCAUGAUGCCCCCACCUCACUUGUACCCAGGCAUGGCAGACUUGAGCUCCCAGUAUAUUUCCCAGUACCAUCCAGCUCACAUCUUCUCAGAGCAGGUCUCUACAGAUUCUCACCCACAACAUGGACGCCCGUCGUUCGUUCACAGGGACGAGAGAGCGAGCAAAACGCAUGAACGCCUUCAGAAGAAGCUGAAGGAGCGUCAGGGAGGUGGAGGAGGAGGACAAGUGAAGGACAGCCCUCCGCCGUCACCGCAGAAGUCCUGCAGCAGUCCUCCCACGGUGGACAUUCAUAAUGGGAUUGGAGGGAAAGUGCUGGACGCAGAGCACAGGCAGGCGGUAGCCUGCUCUGAAAAGCCGAGUGGCAAGGGAAAGAAUGGAGAGUCAAGAGAGCUGGACAAAGAGGCUCAGGCCCUGCUUGCACUUCUGAGUACCGUCAGUAAACCUGUGGUCUCAGACAUCCAGGCUCGGGGAGCAGCAGUCGGCUGGAGUGCUCCCACCAGGCCCGAGAACGAGAAUGGCAGCAUGGAGGAUGACUGCAGCCCCCCAGAGCCCUUCAACUUCGAGGUCUCCAUCUCGGUUACCGGCAAAGACGGAAAAUACCAGAGCAUGUAUUGUGGGGAAGAACUAAGUGCAACUUUAGAAGGCCUUCGACCGGCGACAGACUAUCACGUCAGGGUCCAGGCGAUGUGUAACUGUUUACUGGGAAGCCCAUCAGAGGGUGUGAGCUUCACAACACUGAGCUGCGAGCCGGAUCCUCCCAAUCCUCCCAGGAAAGCCAGUGGGACCAAGAACACACUUGUACUCCAGUGGAAGGCUCCAUGUGACAAUGGCUCCAAAAUUCAGAACUACAUUCUUCAGUGGGACGAGGGGAAGGGCACAGGUAUUUUUGAGCAGUGCUACUAUGGACCUCAGAAGCAGUACAGAGUGACCAAGCUGACCCCGGCUUCAAGAUACUCCUUCCGCCUUGCAGCAAAAAACGACAUGGGUGUAAGCGAGUUCAGUGAAGUGGUGGACCUGUUCACCUCAUGCAGUGUGCCGUUGCCACCCUUCCCUCCAGAGCUGGAGAUGGCAGGAGUGACCUGGCUGUGUCUGAAGUGGCAGAGGCCCAGCAGCUCUCCAAAAGAAGACGACAUCUACUAUAUUCUGGAGAUGGAAGAGGAGGGUUUGGGAUACGGCUUCCAGCCAAGGCAUGACGGCGAGGAGCUCUCCUGCACCGUGAGGGACCUCCACAGGAGCACCAAGUACAAGUUUAGGGUGGUAGCAUACAACUCGGAAGGAAAGAGUAAUCCCAGUCAGGUGGUUGAGUUCAUCACAAAGCCAGACAUCCCCAGCAGUCCCUGCAGGCCUGUCAUCAAGGGAAGAGUGCUGCCCAACAGCUUCAAAAUGGCCUGGGAGUGCCCUAAAGAUAAUGGUGGAGCAGAAGUCACAAAGUAUGUUGUGGAGCUGUCGGAGGGCUUAAGCGGCUCGUCAUGGGGGCUGGUGUACUCGGGGCCAGCGUCGGAACAUGUGUGUGACGGUUUGAAGCCCGGCUGCUCCUACCAAACACGCGUUUACUGUAUAAGCGAGGGGGGGCAGAGCCCGCUGUCAGAGACCCUGCAGGUCCAGACUCCCGCGGUGCCCCCAGGGUCCUGCCAGCCCCCUCGACUGGUGGGCAAGCCCAAAUCCAGGGAGGUGCAACUGCGCUGGGGCGCCCCUCAGAUAGAUGGAGGAAGCUCAGUGACCUGCUACAGCGUAGAAAUGAGUGGGCCACAGUCUGAGGAGAGCCGAGAGGUUUAUCAGGGUCCAGAGCUGGACUGCUCUGUGGGAGGGUUAAUGCCUGGCAAAACCUACAGCUUCCGGCUCAAGGCAGCAAACAAGGCUGGGUUUGGUCCCCUUUCGGAUCGCUGUGAGGUUACAACGGGCCCUGGAGCCCCUGAGCAGUGCAAGACCCCUUCAACCACAUGCAAAUCCCCCAGCUGUGUUGUUGUGAGCUGGGAGGCACCGUCUUGCAAUGGAGCUCCGGUGACGGAGUACCGUUUGGAGUGGGGAGCAGCAGAAGGCACCAUGCAGGUGUGCUACAGCGGACCAGCUCUCAGCCAUGAAAUGAAGGGGCUGCAGCCUGCAACCAACUACUUCUGUCGGGUGCAGGCUGCCAACGUGGCUGGUGCGGGCCCCUUCAGCGAGGCAGUGCUGUGCCAGACGCCUUGCUCUGUGCCUGCAACCGUCAGCAGCAUUUAUGUGCUGAAAGAGUCUGAGCUGCGCGGCUACGAGACGCCGGCAGAUGCUGAUGAAGAUGAGGACGAGGAGGGCAGUGGUUCCCGGUUACCGCCCGUCUUCUCUCCGUCCACCUGCCUGGGUAUUAGUUGGGAUGCUCCGUGUGAUCACGGCUCUGAGAUCACAUCCUACCUAAUCGACCUUGGGGAGAAACAGCCCAUUGUUGUCGGCCCCGUCAACAAAUACAUCAUCCAGCAUCUCCAGCCUGACACCAGCUACAGGAUCCGAAUCCAAGCCCUGAACAGUCUGGGCACGGGGCCCUUCAGUCACACCUUUAAGCUGAAGACCAAGCCCCUGCCCCCGCAGCCUCCCCGCCUGGAGUGCACCGCCUUCAGCCACCAGACCCUCAGGCUCAAGUGGGGUGACGGCCCCGCCAAAGCUGCCGCCUCAGAGGCCCUCCAGUAUCAGCUGCAGAUGGAGGACAAGAGCGGCCGAUUUAUAUCCUUGUAUAAAGGACCAUGCAACACACACAAAGUCCAGAGACUUAAUGAGUCUACCUCUUACACGUUCCGCAUCCAGGCCUUUAACGAGGCGGGCGAAGGGCCCUUCUCCAAUGUUUACACAUUCACCACCCCACGCUCUCCUCCAGCUCCACUGAAAGCCCCUAAAGUGGAGCGUCUAGACGACAACUCGUGCGACGUCACAUGGGAGGCCCUGUCGCUCAUGAAGGGGGACCCAGUUAUCUACACCCUACAGUGCAUGACCGGAAACUCAGAGUUCAAGCAGAUCUACAAAGGCUCUGCUACGUCCUUCAACGCUCAGAACCUGCAGCCCAGCAGCGACCAUCGCUUCAGAGUAUGCGGCAUCAGGCAGUGCCAGGACGCCACGGAGCUGAGCGGACCCUACAGCCCCACGGUGACGCUCUCUCCUCAGCGGAACGACGUGGCGCUGAGCAGCAGCGCAGCCAGAGAUGGGUCUAGGACCAGCACGGAGUCUAACCGAACGAGACAGAGCCUCACAGACGAGCAGUGCGCUUUCCUCCUCCUCAUGGUUUUUGCCGUCAUCGCCAUCCUCAUCGCUUUUGUCAUCCAGUACUUUGUCAUUAAAUGAGCGAUUUGCGCCACCCAGCUGCAGGGUUAUAGCUUUAUUCUUCCCUUCCCCCCACCUAUAUCUCUGUUGUUUCGUAUUCUUUGUUUUGUACUGUUAACUGUUUUCCGGUUUCAACAGAGUUAAUCGCGUUAGCUGAAAUGGGGUGCAGCAGGAAGAUGUGCUAGUGAGUGAGAGCUGAACAGCAGUCAUAAAUUGAGGAUGUAACAUCUCAUUUGGCACCUGUGAUACCUUCCGGACCCUCCUGCCUUUUUCACCCUGCCCCAAGUUUGUGGCGUCCAUUGUUCAGUCCCCAGUCCAUAACGAUUAGCCUCCUGUGCAAAAGGAACUCAGAAAGCAUAGGGUUACGGUUUAUUAUGGGGAGAGGGUUAGGAGGAGGGGGGGGUAGUAGUGCAUAUAUGUAUAGAAGUAGUAAUUAUUUAUAUUUCCAUUUAUGCGUCCAGUAUGAAAUUGUUUUCGAUGGUGUUCCAAGAAUAGUGUGUAGGUGUGUCGUUAGCCUAUGUGCUGUCUGCUCAUGGGACCUGAUGGGCCAGUGUUUGCACAGCGAGGCCAGAUGUGUAUACUGUAUGUAGUUUGUGCCACGGCGGUACACAGCUGGAAGGGCUCCAGGGCCAGAUGAAGGGACGGGACUCCCCCUCAAGCAGGAGUUUGCGAGUUGAGACCAGUGUGAGAAGUAAAAGAGAAAAAUUUCACAACAAAUUACAGUUUUCACAGUUUAGAACGUUCAUUUCGCACUUUCCAACCUUUUUGAUGCUCAGAAUGUUUAAGGAUGCAAAAAUGACUGGAGAAAUGUUAGUAUAUUUUUGUACAGUGAGGACACGGAGAUCUGUAGGUUUGAGGACGAAAAAAAAAAAAAGUAUAAAGUUAGAAAACAAAAACCAAACUAACAGUGAAUUCUAAUUAUUUUUACUAUCAUAUAGUUAUACUGUAGCUUGUUUUUACAAUCAUGCAGCUGCUUUACUCUGAAAUAUUGCUGUUCAGCACAAAAAAUGUAUGCUUUCUCGUAUGUUUUGUUUGAUUUUGUUCCCCCUGGUAAUUGAUUUUGCACCUUAGUGGAAGAAAAUCUCGACUGACUGCGUUUUGGUCUUGUGAUGCAUUUUAUAAAAUACACUUUGAGAUUGUGCAAGCCCUACUUGUGUUUUGGGUGUUUUAAAAGUUGUAGUAUCACAUAAUGUGUCACUGAAACAGCUAAAUAUAUCAAACCAACAAAAAGGUUAAUAAAAAAAAAAAUUCAAAAAAAAGAAAGGAAAAAAAGAAAAGGAUGUACCAGUUGUUUCAGAGGCCUUAAUUGGAGAGGAAAACAUGUUGGGAGAAUUUUUUUUUCUUUCCUAAUUUCUUAAGUUUUGAUGUUUUUUCUUUUAGUGUUAGAAAACACUAAAAUGUGUUUUAUUUGUUUUACUUUUGCAACAUUCUUUGAUGUUAGUCGACGUAUGUAAUCACGAGAGAAAUGAAAAGUAGUUCUAUAUAUUAAGAUUUAUUUUGGUUUCUUUUGUCAGGUCAUACAUGUGUGAAGUAUAUUUUUUUAUAAUAUUGAAGUAAUAUAAGUUAAUACUCUCCACAGAAGAUGAUAAAUCUUGAGUAGUCAUAAAUCAUGGAGCGCAAAUGGCGGAUACUAAAUGUGUUAUCACGUACUUCCUGUGAAUCUAAAUUUGCCUUUUUCUCUGUGUUAAGUAUUCGUAAGCGAUGGCUGGGGUCUAGAUCUGCCUGUAAGGGUCUAGUGUUGUUUUGGUUCUGGGCCGAUCACUGCGUUUGCAACUGUUGAAAAUGAGAUGCAGGUACCGAGCAAGGAGUCCUGAGUAAAUUACAUGAUUUGGUCCUUCAGACAUUCUACAAAUGUCUUUAUGUCAGUUUAAGAAUUCAAACUCCUUAUUUUUGAUAGCGAUUGCAACGUGCCAUUUUGAAACCUCUCCACCGUGGGCAUCGCUGCCUUUGGCCGAGGAAAAAAAAACAACAAAAAUGCUACAAAAAUGAGUAAAAUAUGCACAAAAAUAGAGACCAUUUUUAUGUAAUUUUAAUGUUUGCAGUUACCUCAUACACCGUACAUUCCAAAAUGAAAAUUUGUUAUACUAUACAUACUACCAGACAUAUCACUUUACAAUGUUCAUUAUGGGAAACUGUAUAAUCAUAGAUGUGUAUCUAAAGUGUAUCUGUAUAGCCAUGAUAUCUACAAAGGAUCCAUGCACAAUAAAAGAUUUAUAAUUCUUCAUCA